AUGGAAAAUCAAUCUGAAAACAAACCAAAUAUCGCCAUCGUUGGAGGCUCAAUGAUUAAGAACAUUAACCCUGGUAAACUAUCAAGAAAACGGGUUAAUAAAUUCACGUUUCCAGGCAAAAGAGCGGAGGAAAUUGCAUCUGAAGUAAAGAAUAUAAAUGUUCAGUUACAUCCAACCCAUGUUAUUAUACACGCCGGGACGAACAAUCUACCAACCGACACAGGCGAUCAGUGUAUAAAGAACAUCAAAG